CUGGCAACCCUGGCCAUUCGUUAUGACAACCCCGUUUAGGUUUCGGUUGACAAACAAACAAGUGCUGAGAAAUGCAGUUAGCUGGGAAAACUACGCCAUAGUAGACAUCUAGAAAUUCCAAAAAACAAUCGACAGAGAUUUUCGUGGAAAAGCCAGAUGAAAAUGAAGACCCAGGGAAAAUACGGAGUAACAGCGACGGCGGCCGCACAGGUUCUCUGUGAGGAUGUGAGGAACUUCAGCACACGUCGCCGCAAUAUUCUCUACCUGAUGCACCGCUAUCUGGUGGAGAAUGGCUACUACUCGAGUGCCGAGGCCCUGAAGACCGAGGGCCGCCUUACCGAGGAGUACGAGCUGUGCGAUAACAUAGAUCUAGAUGGCAUGUACCUGGAGUACGCGAGCUUUUUCAACAUGAAAUUCGGUAAAUACCCAAAGAUUCUGAAGAAGAUGGCACCGAAAAUCAAGGUGGAAAUGGCGGCGGGAAAGAAUCAGGAAAAGUCUGUCGCUCCCCCCAAGGAGAUCCUUCCUCCGAAGAAGCAAACAGCAGAGGCUUCUCUGGCCAAUUGGCACCUGGGCGUGGGUGCAGCCACGGCGGCCUUGAAUGAGCAGCCGUUGCAGAUCAAGAAAAUGGAAACCACAGCUGCCGCUGAUUCGAUGAGUGGCCAGGAAAAUCGAGCUUGUGAAAUCGAACAUGGUCACUUGGGUGGGGAUGAUGCUCUGUUUUCUUCGCUGGACUGGCAAUCUUUGGCCGAGCUGGUCAAGACUUCGAUUCUGCAGGAGAAUAUCAAGCUGAGAUGGUCGGAUGUGUGUGGCAAUCAGAGGGCCAUCGAACUGAUCAAGGAGGCCGUCCUAACGCCCAUUGAGUUUCCCCAGCUCUUUGCCCACGGACUGAAGCCCUGGCGAUCGCUGCUCCUCCAUGGGCCACCCGGAAGCGGAAAAACGCUGCUGGCCAAGGCCCUGUAUUCCGAGACCCAAGGACAGGUGACCUUCUUCAAUAUCACCGCCAGCAUAAUGGUGAGCAAGUGGCGGGGCGAAUCGGAGAAGAUCCUGCGCGUCCUCUUUCACAUGGCCGCAAAAAGGGCUCCUUCGGUGAUCUUCUUCGACGAAAUCGAGAGUCUGACCUCUAAAAGGGACAGGGCCACGGAUCACGAGAGCUCGAAGCGCUUCAAGAACGAACUGCUGCAGCUGUUGGACGGCAUGGAGCACACCCUGAACGGGGUCUUCGUCCUGGCCAGCACCAAUUUGCCCUGGGACAUCGACGAGGCCUUCCUGCGGCGCUUCGAGAAGAAGCUGCUCGUCCAGCUGCCCAACGAGGCGGAGCGUAGCUGCCUGAUCAGCCGGCUUUUAGGCAGCAGCAUCUCCCUGAAUCCGCGACUCCUGGAGCAACUGGUCGCCAUCUCGGAUCAGUUUACCGGCGAUGAGAUUCGGCUGGCCUGCAAGGAGAUCAGCAUGCACCGGGUGCGCUGUGCCACCAAGGUGGGCGAUCAUCGGUCUACGGGAGCCUCAUCCAAGGAAUCGCAGGCUGUGAUGGAGGCCAAUGUGGAGAAGGCCUUCCGGCAGGUGCGUCCUUUGGGCCAGAAACUGUUGGCCAAGCACGAGCAGUGGCAGCAGGAGAAUGGCUCUUAAACGGGGCUAACCCUCACUUAACUCGCACUUAAUCGGUAGUGCAAUAUAUAUAUUUUAUACAACUUA